AUGUCAAGGGAGCUCAACAAGGUGUUUGAAUAUCUUGCAUCCGAGCCUUCAAGUCUCACUAUACAGCGUGCGCAUCUUCUGGUCAAUGCUCAGCCUAGUUGUGGCCGUCUUAAUGGCUAUUGCGAUCUCUCGGAAUGUCCCAGGGAGACCUCAGCGGCUACCG